AUUAGAAAAGAAAAAAUGACUUCGCUGCGCCCAUUUACCUGUAAUGAUCUAUUCAAAUUUAAUAAUGUGAAUUUCGACUCGCUGACCGAAACCUACUUUCUCUCCUUCUACACAAAACAUCUGGGCCAGUGGCCAGAAUACUUUCAGCUCGCUGAGUCGCCGAACGAAUGCAUUACGGCGUAUAUUAUGGGCAAGUCUGAAGGUGAGGGGGCUGAGUGGCAUGGUCAUGUUACGGCUCUGACAGUUUCAUCGGACUACAGACGCAUGGGCCUGGGUGCAAAGCUGAUGAAGUACGUCGAAGAUAUUUCGGAAAAGAAGCGCGCCUAUUUUAUGGAUCUGUUUGUGCGACAGAGCAAUAAGGUGGCCAUCAAUAUGUAUAGAAAUAUGGGGUAUAUAAUUUACCGCACCAUACCCGAGUAUUACUGUAGUAAUAAUCCACGCGAGGAUGCGCAUGAUAUGCGAAAAGCACUCUCACGAGACGUGAAGCAGCAGUCAAUUAUACCUUAUGCGAACGUAUACGAUUAAAUAUAGAUAUUAUUUAAUU